AUGCCUACCGAACUUGAAGAACUCGUUGGAUUCCUCCACCAUGGAAACACCCAAAUCCGCCAAAUCGCCGUCGAGAAUCUGGUCGGCUUCUCAACAGCGCAACCGUCGCUCUUCAAAUACCAGAACCUCGAACCAUGCAAGGACAUGAAACUGCUGGUCCGCGACUACCCUCCCAUCGCAAAGAACGUCCUCACAAUCCUCGUAAACAUUUCCUCCGAUGAAGAAGUUCUCAAAUACCUCGCCGAAGACGAUCAAUUCCUCGAAGUCUUGUACUCGCGCAUCACAAACGCAAAGGAGGAGAAUGCAGACGAGAUGGCCAUGCUGCUGGCCAACCUUACAAAACACGAUCAUCUCAAGACUCUCUUGACAUUGAAGAGAGAUAUCCCCAAGCCACUUUCCACAUCACCGUUCGCCAUCGAUCAAUUGCUGGAUUUGUUCGUCAAGGGCCAAGAAGGCAGUUACAACGAAAAAGCAAACUUCGACUACCUCUGCUACGUCUUUGCCGACAUUUCGAAAUACGAGGAGGGAAGAAAACAUUUCCUGACUCCCCGCGAGGAGGAUGAGAACAUCAUUCCCUUGACGAAACUCAUCGUCUUUACCGAGCACAAAUCCACAAUCAGACGCAGGGGUGUCGCUUCGACGAUCAAGAAUGCCGCUUUCGACACGGAUGCACACGCCAAAAUGCUGUCCACGGAUGAAACAGAAGGUGGACUCAACAUCCUCCCCUACCUCCUUCUUCCCCUCAUGGGCCCCGAAGAAUACGACGAUAAAGAUAUGGAUACCAUGCCCGAAGAACUGCAACUGCUGCCUCCAGACAAGACCCGCGAGCCCGAAACAGAUAUCCAAAUCAUCCACCUGGAAACGCUACUCCUCCUCACAACAACAAGAGAAGGCAGAGAUUUCAUGAGGGAAAAGAAUGUCUAUGCUGUCAUGCGCGAAUUGCAUAUGCAUACCGAGAGCCCUGAUGUGCAAGAGGCUUGCGAUAGAGUCGUGCAGAUUAUCGCUAGAGAUGAGGAGGGUGAGGGUGAAGAGCCACCGCAACCCCCAAAGGUACAGGAGAUUGAUGAUGAAGAUGAGUUGGUCGAAGUCGCAUAGAUGGAUACUUAUAUAUACACGGAAUGGAACGACAUAUAUCGACC